CUAACAUCCUUGCCGCCCUCCUAGUUUCGACUUAGAUAAGCCGACCGUAUGUAUACACGGUCAAAUAACAGUAUAUACACUGUUUCUUAUGUAAUACGAAACAGCACCCCGCUACGGAAUACGUACCUAGAGACGGAGGCGAUGUUCGAAUUCGACUUCUUCCUCUUUCUCAGUAGGCACGAAACGACAGGUAUAUUUGAAGACGUGGUCGAAGAGGCUGCCCUGCGCUAUCUAUAACGUCUUGAGAAUCGAAUUCUGACGAUCUUGCUGCACAAGUUGCCAGAGACCCUGGGAGCUCUAUUCCCGUGCUCGGUCGCGACUAUGGCAACGGCAGCAGAGCGCUACGACGCGCUUCUCCGAUGGGUAGAGGAAGGCGGCGGGAACCUCAACUCUGCAGUUGAGAUCUACCAUGAUGAAGUUACCAAGGGGUCUUUCCGCGUGAGAGAUUCAUGCGCCAUCGGCGUCGACGACACCGUGGUGACCCUCCCGCUAUCCAAGACGCUCUCCUACCUCAACGCUAUCGACGACAGUCCCAACUUUGCUGCAUCGUCGCCGCCUCCUCAAAGUGCGCUAGAUCGUGGCAGCAGCGCAUGCUUCCCGGCGGAGUUUCUAAAGGACGCGCCACCUCACGUAGUGGGACGGUUCUUUCUCAUCCAGCAGUACCUCCUUGGCUCCGAAUCGAGGUGGUGGCCUUACAUCCGGACUCUACCCCAGCCUGAGCACCUAAGCAGUAGUCUCCCAGCGUUGUGGCCGGCAGAGGACGUCGAAUUUCUCCAGGGAACCAACGCCUUUGUAGCGGUCGAGGAUAUAAAAUCGACAUUGAAGAGAGAAUAUAAAGAGGCCUUGAAGCUGCUGCCGGAGAGUUACCGUCUAGAGUACACGCGGCUUCUGUACCACUGGGCGUACAGCAUAUUCACCAGCCGGAGUUUUCGCCCCUCGCUCAUUCUACCAUCUGGAAUGGCGCCGAGUGUCCCUUGCGACUUGGACGACUUCUCGAUCCUGCUUCCCCUAUACGAUAUCGGGAACCACUCUCCAUUGGCGAAAAUUGCCUGGGCCACCGAUGAGAAAACCCAACUGUGCAUGCUCAGGUCGAGGCAGACAUAUUCCGCUGGGCAGCAAGUAUUCAAUAAUUACGGGAUGAAAACCAAUGCCGAGCUGCUUCUAGGCUAUGGCUUCACCCUCCCAGAGGACGAGACUCUCCACAACGACUAUGUCCACAUCAGGACAAAAGCCGAUCUGGAGGCCGGUGACUUGACCUCUACGCAUCUUGUGUCGCUAAGGCCGUUCGUUCAUCCGAGUUCCUUCGUCGGGCGGUCGAAACUCUUGAGCGCAGAUUCGAUGAGUUGCCUCCCUUGCUUUUCCCACAUUCAAGACUCCCUCAUUUCCGUCCUCUACGAAGCCAUUACUAGAGCAAGCGAAGAAACGGGCCCUGUCAGCCUAGCCCACAUCAUGCGCGGCGAUAUCCCAGAAGAAGUACUAACCAGGAUUGUCGAUUCGUUGGGCUCGAAGCUGAGCAUCGACCUAAACGAGAUAGAGGUCAACGACCCGGAAUACGAGGCCGUUAACCGCAACCAGCAGCUUGCCGUGCAAUACCGCGAGCAAUGUCAGAAGGUCUUGCGUAAUGCGCUUCGUAGUCUCAUGGCUGCUGACGAUUGAGGCGACUACAUAGUUGCGGGUAUACAAGAUCGGCGCGGGAUCAAGCGUGUGGGCAAGGUCCGAAUCAACGAAUUAAUUCAUUAUACGUCCAAAAAGAAAUCCAAACUAGGGGUAUCAAAAUUUAGUCUACCGCCGACGCCUAAUAUUGAGGCCCAACUCCCUUUCCAUCGGAUCCGAAAGAAGAAGAAAAACGUCUUCGGUAAUCGU